CCCAGUGACAGCAGCUGCGGCGCCAGGCCCGCCGUGGUAGCGUAGGAUUCCGCGGCCCGGAAACGCAGACCCGCCAAAGAGCGGCGCGACGCGAGGAAGGCCGGAUCCGGGCCGCGCGAGAGGAGAACUCGCGGGCGCGGAGCGAGGGGUUGGCGUGAGGGAGCUCGGAGGCAGUGACCGCCGGCGGCCCAGACUUGUCCGUCCCCGCGGCCGCCGCCGCCGGCAUGAGCCACAUUCAGAUCCCGCCGGGGCUCACGGAGCUGCUGCAGGGCUACACCGUAGAGGUGCUGCGGCAGCAGCCGCCUGACCUCGUCGACUUCGCGGUAGACUACUUCACCCGCUUGCGCGAGGCCCGCGCCCGAGCCUCAGUCCCACCCGCCGCUUCUCCUUCGGACUACCUCCCGCCAGAGCCCGGCCCCGACCACGUCGCCGACGCCAACGGGGAUAGCGAGUCAGAGGAGGACUCGGACUUGGAAGUUCCGGUUCCUAACAGAUUUAAUAGACGAGUAUCAGUCUGUGCUGAGUCCUAUAACCCUGAAGAAGAAGAAGAAGAUACCGAUCCAAGGGUGAUUCAUCCUAAAAGUGAUGAACAGAGAUGCAGACUUCAGGAAGCUUGCAAAGAUAUUCUCCUUUUCAAAAAUCUUGAUCAGGAACAGCUUUCUCAAGUUCUUGAUGCCAUGUUUGAAAGGAUAGUUAAAGUUGACGAGCAUGUCAUUGACCAAGGAGAUGAUGGAGACAACUUUUAUGUCAUAGAACGGGGAACCUAUGACAUUUUAGUAACAAAAGAUAAUCAAACCCGCUCUGUCGGUCAGUAUGACAACCGUGGCAGUUUUGGAGAACUAGCUCUGAUGUACAACACCCCAAGAGCUGCUACCAUUGUCGCCACCUCAGAAGGAUCCCUUUGGGGACUGGACCGGGUGACUUUUAGAAGAAUUAUAGUGAAAAACAAUGCAAAAAAGAGGAAGAUGUUUGAGUCAUUUAUUGAGUCUGUGCCCCUCCUUAAAUCACUAGAGGUGUCAGAACGAAUGAAGAUUGUGGAUGUAAUAGGAGAGAAGAUCUACAAGGAUGGAGAGCGUAUAAUCACUCAGACUAAAACAGACAAGGAUAGCGAGAACCAGGAGGUCGAGAUUGCCCGCUGCCGUAAGGGGCAGUACUUUGGAGAGCUUGCACUGGUCACCAACAAACCCAGAGCUGCUUCAGCUUAUGCAGUUGGACAUGUCAAAUGCUUAGCUAUGGAUGUACAAGCAUUUGAAAGGCUUCUGGGGCCCUGCAUGGACAUCAUGAAGAGAAACAUCUCACACUAUGAAGAACAGCUGGUGAAGAUGUUUGGCUCCAGCAUGGAUCUGAUCGACCCUGGGCAGUAGGUGUGCCACACCCCAGAACCUUCUCAGUGUGACACCAAAACCUUCCGGUCAGCCACAGAACACACACAGAAAACAGACACAACAGAACCGUUCCUGUUAUUGCCACCUCCGCUGCCAUUGCGCUGGUUAUGGGCAUUUAAAAAAUUUGAAAGUCAGCACUAAAGGAUGGGCAGAGGUUCAACCAACACCUCCACUUUGCUUCUGAAAGCCCGUUUGAUUAGACCACUCGUAAAGAUUACUCCAACCCAGUUUUCACAUCUUUGGUUCAGAAUGGCAUGUCUCUCCAACAAUUUAAGUGCCUGAUACAAAGUCCAAAGUGUAAACAUCCUCCUUUCUUCUCUUGCUGCUACUAUUGCUUUUGGAAGUUACCACAAGGUCUGUAGAAACCUGUUGUAUAACUGAAAACACCCUCUUUCAGUCUUUCUCAAAGGAGAAAAUGUGGUACCCUUUAAUCUCCUCAUUUGUCCUUUAAAAAAGUCCACAUUUGUUCACAAUUGCAGCCUUUGGUAUUAUAAUGGAAAAUGACAGCAGAUGAAAUGGACAUCUAUAACCCAAUGACAUUGUCCUGUCUGCUGACAGCUGCAUUCAUUACAGUUGUCUCCAAACUCACAGUGAUACUUAGGGAAAGGCCCUGCCCAGGGCCCAGCAGGACAGCACCCCAGAGCAGACUGGUCAGUGGGACCCAUGUUAAAGCAGAAAAUUGGGAUUUGGCACAUUUUACUGGUAGUAGAGAGCAAGGAAAGACGUUCCAGGUUGAGGGUUUUGUGUUUUUAAAAUUUUUUUGUAGGUUUUGUUUUGUUUAACCUCUGUGCAGUUUGCAUGAAUGAAUUGCCAUCCAUUUAUGAGGAGCCGGGGUCUGGAGAGUUGCCAUCACUCUAUCCCACCCAAAUACUCUUGGGUAACUCCUGCCUUUUGUUUCCAGCUGCCCCUACUGGCUAAUGGCUGUAUACUGGCAAGAGGUUAUAAAGAGAGCUGUUCUAUUUCAGAGUUGUUGCAUAGCUUUGCCAUUGAACCCAUCAGUUUUUAAACUCUUUAAAGAAGCAGCAGCUAUUUUUUUGAAAUCAAAGGAAACAAUUUCUCUAUUAGGGAAUUCCACUUGAACAUAUUCAUGUAUAUGGAGUUUGUCAGCUGACUCUGGCAUUCACCCUAAAGAUCAACUUUGUUAGUUUUUUAAAACUGUCAUCAUUUACCAUUACAUACAAUUGCUGUGAAGGCCUUUCUGGUUAAGAUGUUGGCAUACUUGGGGUUCCAAUUGUUAAUCCUAGAAGAAGAUAAUUUAGCUUGUAUUUAAAACCUUUUUAGCCUUUUAAUUAUAUCAGGUAGAAUUCCUGUGAAUUGUCCUAAUUACAGCUAUAUUUCAUUUUUUUUUUUUUUU